AUGGCUUGUGUUUUUGAAGUUAUUGGAAGGAAUGAAUGUGGCUUUGUCAUUGCUUACAACAGAAGUUGGUUUUCUUCAUUCGAGUGGCAUUAUGAUGUUCCAACACAAGAGACUGCGUUUGACGCUUUGCCUUUGAUGGGGAACUUCCCAAUUGACCCUCUCUAUUCCUCAUUGGAUAAUGUGCCAAGUCCUACUGCAAUUCAAGCGGUUGCAGAAGACGUUUUGUUGUAUGGUUAUGGAAAUGGGUUUGGGGUGUGGAAUGAUCAUCAUGAAAUGAGUAGUAGUGCAGCUGGGCUGGAGGCUGAGAACCAACAACCGUUACUGUUGUGUGAUCAUGAUCAUAACGAUGAUAUUGUUGUGAAAGAUGAUAAGAAGAAGAAUGUUAGUAGUAAUAGUAAUAGUAAUAAUAAUAAAAGUAGUAGUAGCAACGUGGGGGGUUCAAAGGCAUUGUCAAGAAAGACAAUAUCGGAGUAUUUCUACAUGCCAAUAACACAAGCAGCUAAGGAACUCAACGUUGGGCUUACCCUCUUGAAGAAACGUUGUAGGGAAUUGGGUAUUCGGAGGUGGCCUCAUAGGAAGCUCAUGAGCCUCCAAACCCUAAUCAACAAUGUCCAGGAAAUGGGUAAGAAGGACGGAGAAGAGGGAGAGGGAAGUUUAAGGGUGGCAAUAGAGAUACUAGAGAAAGAGAAGAAGUUGAUGGAGGAGGCACCCGAUGCACAACUUGAGGACAAGACAAAGAGGCUGAGGCAAGCUUGUUUCAAGGCUAACUACAAGAAAAGGAAGCUCAUGGCCGGAUCGAAUACGAAUGUAAUGGCGUCCAGUACUACUUAUAAUUAUUCUUCUAGCACUGCUAGCAGCAAUAAUCCCCUAAGUAUGGAUGCAGCUGCUGCUGUUGCAGCUGAUUUUGGAACUAGGCAUGGUGAGGAGGAGGAAGAAGAAGAGAUGAAGACCCUUUACAUUGACUAUUAUUCUUCUUCUGAUGUAAUUUUCUGAGGUUUAGGGUUGUAGAAAGUUAGAAAUCAGUGCCCUAGCUAG